UCUGCAAAUAUUAAAUGUGGCGACGAUCUUCUUUCUCCAGUUGCUCUAUUAAACAGAGAAAACGAGUUUCGCUUUCGAUACGUAUACUGUCUUUUAACUUAUUCCGACACAACCAAAGCUCAUAAAACGUUGUCCUUUGUGUUAUCAAUAAUGGCUGUCGUGGAAGAACCGAUCCUUUCAAGAUUGGAUCGUAUUGAUUUCAUGGUGAGGAAGCUAGAGGAGAUGAAAGGAAGCUCGCCGAGAAGCUCGAGCCCAUCAACUCCAUCAAGCGGGACUCAGCCAUCGUCAAUGGACUUGUCGUCACCGAGGAGCAUAGGGAAGGUACAGAUCCGUUCGAUGGAGCAAGUCAUGGAGGAGACCGAGCGGAAAGGAACUUUGCUAGAUAGACUUAAAAAUGUGGAGGAGCAAGUUCUUAAGCUGUGCUCACAGUUUGAGGAAGAGAUUGAAGAAGAGAGGAAGAGAGACGAUAGGAAUGAGAAGAAAACACCGAAGAAGAAGAAGGGAUUGAGGAAGUUCGUUGAUAAAGUUGUUGGAUCUUCUUCUCCAACUAAUAUUCAUUCCAAGAGCUGGCGUUGUUGAUCCAUUAUUGUUCUAUAUUUUCACAAUCAGUGUGUACUUUGAACUUUGUUUAAAUUCAAGCUUCUCUUUUCUUUUUUUCUCUGGAUGAAGUUGUGGAAAAAAUAAAAAAAUAUCAUUAAGUA